ACAGACUCGCACAGACUCACUCGCUCACUCACUCUCACACACAGAUUGAAACUGAGACAGACAGACCAGGACGAAGAAGAAGAAGCACAAGACGAAGAAGAAGAAGAAAGAGGAGGAGGGAGCAGGAGGAAGCGAUGACCGGAAUCGCAAGCCCAGGCAGCGAGAGCGUCGAACCCACCAUGGCGCCUUGAUUGAGUGAGUAUAGCAGGGUGCUGCUUGCACACAACUUAGCGCGCGUGAGCACAUUCUUCCAGCUGGUGGGCGCAGUUCUACUUCUCAAUUGAACCUCCGCCAAGCUCAGCCGCGAGCUGAGCUUUGGCUGGGACGAGAUUGGCGAGGCUUUGAAGCUGUAGCUGUAGUUUCCAGCCGGGAUCUUUCUUUCUCUGGUGAGGGUUCGGAUUCUGCACUGCGCACUGGGACGUAGCGAUAGUUAUGGAGAUGCGAGAAUUUUUGUGGGGUGGGAUUAUUGAAAGCUCGGUGACUUCGAGAGCUGCGCGCUAGUCUUUUUUUCCCCCCGGCGCAGCUUCCUUCCAGGCAUUCGCAGUUUCGUUGCUGUCGAAAGGUUUUGGGAGUGGAGUCGGAUUCCAACACCUCAUAGCGGUUUUGGGUGUGGUUGAAUUUGAGUAAUUUGGUCCACGAGAGCCGUUCUCGAUGUCGUCCACUAAGUUGUCGUACUCGUCGGGAACCUCUGUCAAGUCGAAGCACAGCGUGCGCGUGCAGCAAACCACCGCAGAUGCCAAGCUUCAAGCCGUCUACGAAGAGUCAAAUGACUCCGGAGACUCGUUUGAUUACUCGAAAUCAGUUGGUCAGGCCACCAAAUCCACUGUGCAACAGGUCCCCGCGCAAGCUGUGACCGCUUAUCUCCAGCGCAUGCAGAGAGGGGGUCUCACUCAGAAUUUCGGGUGCAUGCUCGCCGUCGAAGAGAGUACCUUCAGGGUCAUUGCAUACAGUGAGAAUGCGCCCGAAAUGCUUGAUUUAAUGCCACAAGCUGUGCCAAGUGUCGGUCUAAAGGAAGUCCUCGGAAUCGGAACCGAUGCGAGGUUGUUGUUCACUCCCUCCAGCGCGUCCACGUUAGAAAGAGCUGCGGCAACGUCCGACUUGACCAUGGUCAACCCCAUCUCUGUUCACUCUCGCAAUUCAGGGAAGCCAUUUUACGCAAUUGUGCACCGCAUUGAUGUUGGAAUAGUGAUAGAUUUCGAGCCUGUUCGAUCGAACGAUGUCGUCAUCUCCACGGCUGGGGCUCUCCAUUCUCAUAAAUUGGCAGCGAAAGCUGUUUCGCGGUUGCAAUCCCUUCCCGGAGGCGACAUCGGCCUCUUGUGCGACGCAGUUGUGGAGGAAGUACGUGAGCUCACGGGCUACGACCGAGUGAUGGCGUACAAAUUCCACGAUGACGAGCACGGGGAGGUCUUAGCCGAGAUUCGAAGAUCAGAUUUAGAAUCCUACUUAGGGUUGCAUUACCCUUCAACUGACAUACCGCAAGCAUCGAGGUUCCUCUUCAUGAAGAAUAGGGUGCGGAUGAUUGCGGAUUGCUGCGCGCCUCCCGUGAAAGUGAUACAGGACAAGGACCUACGGCAGCCAAUUACGCUUGCGGGAUCCACUCUGCGAGCGCCUCACGGCUGCCAUGCUCAGUACAUGGGCAACAUGGGGUCAGUCGCGUCAAUUACUUUGGCCGUCAUUGUGCAUGAUCAGGAGGAGGAUUUCGGAGUGCAACAGAAAGGCCGUCGGCUUUGGGGGCUGGUGGUUUGUCACCACACGUCCCCUCGGACGAUCUCCUUCCCUCUCCGAUCGGCUUGCGAAUUCCUGAUGCAGGUGUUUGGAUUGCAACUCAACAUGGAAGUGGAGCUUCAGGCUCAAAUGAAAGAGAAGCACAUCCUGAGAACGCAGACACUGCUUUGUGACAUGCUCUUGCGGGAUGCUCCUGUAGGUAUUGUGUCGCAGUCUCCCAAUAUUAUGGAUCUGGUGAAGUGCGACGGUGCAGCUCUCUAUUACGAGAAUCAGUUCUGGCUCUUGGGGACCACACCGAGUGAGGAGCAAAUCGAGGAGAUUGCAGCUUGGCUAUUAGAGCAUCAUAAGGAUUCAACAGGAUUAAGCACAGAUAGUCUGGCAGACGCGGGCUACCCAGGCGCGAAUCUGCUCGGUGACGCUGUUUGUGGCAUGGCAGCUGCAAGAAUCAGCUCCAAAGAUUUUCUGUUAUGGUUCAGGUCUCACAGUGCUAAAGAGAUCAAGUGGGGUGGUGCCAAGCACGAUGCCGAGGACAGGGACGACAGUCGGAAGAUGACUCCUCGUUCUUCAUUCAAUGCUUUCCUAGAAGUUGUCAAGAGACGCAGUGUUCCUUGGGAAGACAUCGAAAUGGACGCAAUACACUCUCUGCAGCUUAUCUUGAGGGGCUCCUUUCAAGAUGUUGACGGUAGUGGUGGGAAGACGAUGAUCCAUUCGCGGCUCCACGAUUUGAAACUGCAGGGCAUGGACGAGCUUAGCACGGUUGCGAAUGAAAUGGUGAGGUUGAUAGAAACAGCGACUGCGCCCAUCCUUGCGGUGGACUCAAAUGGGUUCAUUAAUGGAUGGAAUGCGAAAGUGGCCGAACUGACGGGACUUCCGGUUGGAGAGGCCAUGGGUCGAUCCUUAGUUAAAGAUUUGAUUUUGGAAGAGUAUGUGGAGGUUGUCGAGCGGCUAUUGUAUCUUGCACUUCAAGGAGAAGAAGAGCAAAACAUCGAGGUUAGUUUGAAGACGUUUGGAGCGCAAAAGGCGAAAGGUGCAGUGAUACUAGUAGUGAAUGCCUGUUCGAGUCGGGAUGUACAAGAGAAUGUGGUUGGUGUGUGCUUCGUCGGCCAGGACGUGACAGGACAGAAGAUGGUUCAUGAUAAGUUUACACGCAUUCACGGUGACUACAAAAGCAUCGUGCAGAGCCCAAAUCCUUUGAUUCCACCCAUCUUUGGAAGCGAUGAACUCGGAUACUGCAUCGAGUGGAGUCCUUCAAUGGAGAAGUUAACAGGAUGGAAGAGGGAAGAGGUUCUCGGAAAAAUGCUUGUUGGAGAAAUUUUUGGUGUGCAUCAAAUGUGCUGUCGUCUGAAGGGUCAAGAUGCAGUAACUAAAUUCAUGAUAGUCCUCAAUAACGCUAUGGAUGGUCAAGACACCGACAAGUAUCCGUUUUCCUUCCAUGACCGCCAAGGGAAGUUAGUGGAAGCUCUCCUGACGGCCAACAAGAGGACGGAUGCAGAUGGGUACAUCACAGGAGUUUUCUGCUUCCUGCAUAUCGCAAGCCCAGAACUGUUACAGGCACUAACUGUUCAACGAGCAACGGAGAAAGUGGCUUUUGCCAAACUCAAGGAGCUUGCCUACAUUCGACAAGAGAUAAAGAAUCCCCUAUACGGUAUCAUGUUUACUCGAAAUCUGAUGGAGGAUACAGAUUUGUCGGAUGAACAAAAGCAGUACAUGGACACUAGUGCAGUUUGUGAGCGGCAGUUGCGGAAAAUAUUGGAUGAUAUGGACCUUGAGAGUAUUGAGGACGGGUACUUGGAGUUGGAGACGAUGGAGUUCGAGAUGGGAUCUAUGAUGGACGCUGUAGUGAGUCAAGGCAUGGUCACGUCAAGAGAGAAGGGGCUUCAGCUGAUUCGUGAGACUCCUCGGGAGAUUCAGGGCAUGUGCUUGUUCGGAGAUCAAGUUCGUUUACAACAGGUCCUCGCAGAUUUCUUAUUGAACGCAGUGCGUUUCACCCCUUCUUCGGAGGGCUGGGUCGGCAUCAAGGUGGUCCCAACCAGGAAACGCCUUGGUGGUGGUUUUCACGUUGUGCACUUAGAGUUCAGAGUAACACAUCCGGGUUCAGGGCUUCCAGAGGAGCUCGUCCAUGAGAUGUUCGACCGGGGCCGCGGCAUGACCCAAGAAGGACUUGGGCUGAGCAUGUGUCGCAAACUUGUAAAACUAAUGAACGGUGAAGUGAAAUACAUAAGGGACACAGGCAAAAGCUGCUUUCUAGUCAGCCUGGAGCUGCCAUUGACUGUUAGCGAUGAUGCUGGCAGCGUGAGGCAGUCGGGCCCUUUGAAUUGCUGAUGAUCCUGUUUUUGAAGACUGAUGGACAGCUCGCUUGUUCCUGUACCGCUACAAACGUAUUUGGCAGAGGCUUGUUGGAGCAGUGUGAUGAAGUUGAAUGGAGAUGAGAUGGAAAUUCGAAUCGUUUUUUUCCACCUCUGCAUUGCUGCUACGGGAGAGGUUGUUGAAGUGAAGCGUCUCCCCCACCCUUGACAACAAAGGAGAAGGAACAACCAUCGGGUUGCAGGUGAUCAAUACCCUGAGCUGAAGCUUACAAACCCUUUAUUUCAACUAUCCGACUGGGCGUUUCGCUCUGAGUCUGAUCGCUGGGCGCAUGGAUCCAAUCAUACGGGUGAGAAGUAGGAUCUGGAUCCUGUACAAUGUAAUUUACUGCUGUGUGCCUGUUGGUACAUGCAGUUUUGAAACUUGAGUGUAGACACACAAUUGAUAUUACUAUUUUUUAAUGUAUGAACCAUAAAACUGCUAGAUGAGCAGGUUUCUUCGUGUUCUGCAGGUCUUGUGCAUCGUGUAUACUUAUCACAACUAAUUUUAGAUGGACGACUUGGGAAAAAGAUCAAAAAAGAUUAAAAAAAAAAAAAUCGUUCUAGUUGAGAUCAAUUAGGAUAAUGUAUUCAACGAACGAUUGUUAUAGUAUCUCCCACGACCUGUUUUGAGCUGCUGCUUGAAAAUCUCAA